CGCGAACCCUCGCAGCCGCCAGCCGCGGCCGCGGGCGGGCGGGCGAGGCGCAUCAGACGGAGGGAAAUCCCCACCCGAACGCAACGAGGAGGCGCGUCCGCGAGUAGAAAAACCAGAUCGCGCUCGCCCAGCCGACCGCUGCCCCGGCCCUCACCAGAGCAGAGGCCGCCACACCCUCUCGUCCCCUCCCUGCCCACCUCUCUCUCCUCCGCUACCCUCGGCGCGGCGCGGAAGGAGGCCAAGGGGAAGGAAGAGGAGGAAGAGGAGGCUUCGAGAUUUUCGCGGAACCCCCACGCCACCGCCCUCUCUCCACCACCACCACCGCCCCCCUCCUCCUCUUAGCCUGCGUCCCGUGUAGGGUUUCCGCUUCGCCUUCCCUUUUUCCACUCCAAUCCCAGCCAGACACACCACCCGCCCCGUCCUCCCGCCGCCGCAUUCGGAGCUCUGCAUCUGCCUGCAGCCGAGUCGCCCAAUCGCCGCCUGCCCCGCCCCGAGGAGCCUCGUGCCGGUUUGGGGAUUUCGGUUUCCCACUGUUGCUGCUGGUUUGUGUUGGGGAUCUGGGAGGGGUGUUUUGCUUUGGAGCGGUUGUUGUUUCUCGCGAUUUGGGCGUGAUUAUCCGGGUCGAUUGGAUGUUGGUGAUGUCGGGUGAUUAGAUUCGGGGGUUGAUAGGGGGGAGGGGAUUCGGUUUAGGUUUUUUUUGGGACCCCCUAGUUUCUCUGCUAUUGGAUUGGAUUGGGAUCCAUGAUCGAGAUUGCUCGGUGAAGUUUUUGGUCCUAGGGAUUGUGUUUUUUUGAUCGGCCCGGACCAGGAAUAGAGGGUUCUCUUUGAGGAGAUCUAGGCCGCGUGUUCUAUCGUCCUCUGUAGAUAUAAUCAAAAAAGAAAAAGGAGAAAAAAGGGGAAAAAAGAGGAGAGAGAGAGAGAGAGAGAGAGAGAGAGAGAGAGAGAGAGAGAGAGAGAGAGAGAGAGAGAGAGAGAGAGAGAGGAGGCAGUGGAAGGGAGUUUGGAGGGCAUGGCGCUGAAUUGCUCGUCACGCUCGCUCCUGGCGACUGAUGAUUGUGCCGGCAUGAUGCAUGGGUGUGGGUGCCGGUCGGAGGAGGCUUCCCCGCUGUCAUCCUGUGGGGUGAAUUCGCUGUGGUGGGAUGACCUGGAGCUGGAGCUGGGGGAGGAGGAGGUGGUGGAGUCUGACCCCGUGGAUCUCUUACCCACGGACCCCUUUGGGAUGAACCUGGAGACCUCAUUCACUGUGGCAAUCGCCAGUUGCAUCGAGGACCUCACAGUCAUGUCCGGUGCUGGGCAUUUUGGAAAUGGCGGCGAUGAUGAUUUAUUCGCCGACCUGAGUUACUACUUGAAUCAGGCUUUUGUGUUUGAUCCGGAGCCGUGGAUUGGUGGCUAUACUGGUGGCUAUACGGGUGUUUUUGAGGGCUCCUUUGGGUCUGGAGGCCUCUCUGGUAGUGGAGGCGUGGACCAAUUUUCACGGUUGCCUCUUAAUGCGUCCUGCUCAGAGCCUACUGGGUCCAUGGAGGACCCAUCUAGCUCUUGCGAGGCAACUUUAGCAUACUGUGAUACAGUUGAUGCUGCUCCUGUCCAGGAGGGAAAUGAUGCACAUGAAGGAAUGGUGUAUGUUCUGGGCUAUCUUGGUUUACGUGACAUCCUCUCUGUCGAGAUGGUGUGCAAGUCAAUGCGUUCAGCUGUUCGGAAUGAACCAUUCUUAUGGAAAUGCCUCCAUAUUGACACGGACUUGGGCAAGAAGCUUUCUGAUGCUGAUCUUCUGUGCCUCACACAAAAGUCCCUGGGUUCUUUGCAGUGCCUAAGUCUCGAGGGCUGCAUGAAUAUCACGGAUCAGGGAUUGAAGGCUGUUUUAGAAAGUAAUCUACAGUUGUCAAAGUUGGGCAUUUUUGGCGCAUUCCGGAUAACUUACCAAGGUCUUCUUGACAAUCUGAGGUCAUUUAAUAUGGUAGCAGAUACUGGUAUUAAGAAACUCAGAGUUGCAAACCGCUUCACUGCAUCAGAAGUGCAAUAUGAGGAGUUAUUGUCCUUGCUGCAAAUAGACAAGGGGCAGGCAUUGCACAAACAGGAGCCACGGAUCUUUCAUGCUGAUUGUUAUCUACCAGAUCUUCAGGGUGGAUAUGUUCCUGAUUGUUUCAUACCAGAUCUUCAUGAUGAAUAUGCUCUUGAUAUUGAGAAAUGCCCUCGUUGUCCAAAUUACAAGCUUGUUUUUGAUUGCCCAUCAGAGGAAUGCAAGAACAGGGGAUCUGCUUGCCGAGGGUGUGCUGUUUGUAUCAAAAGAUGUAUGCAGUGUGGGAGAUGUGUGCAUAAUGAGUUUCACGAGACAUUUCUUCUGGAGAACAUCUGCCGGAUCUGUCAGCCUAUCUUUCCGCCGCAUGAAGAUUCACUUCCCUCUGAAAAAUAGAUGUUCUGUUUUAUCCAUCGGAUGGAUACAGUCCUAACAUAGCAUUUCUUUUGCCGAUGCCUCCUUCCAUGUGGGGCCAUCCUGACAAUAUUUCUAACAAGGAAAAGAACAAAAAAGAAAGAUAUAGUUUGCUAUCAGUGUAAGUGCAGCAGAUGGUAUGUUAUGUUUGCUUGCAAGAAAAAGAGAAAAAAAAUAAAAAAUACCAGAAAACAAAAGUGAAAGGAUGGAUUUGCUAUUAAACUCUGAGCAGUGGGUAGUGCCAAACUGACAACGGAGGAAUGUUUCCCUUAGGAAUGUGAAGUGUUCAGGAGUGUGGAAGUAUUGCGCGUAAGAUUGUUCCGGUGGGCUGCUUGUUCUUGGAACUUCAGAUAGAAGUUAUAAAUUUGCUUUCGGCAGCCCCCCAAAAUAAAAUCUGAUGUACCUUCCUGUGUUUGUUAUCUGACAAAUGUAAUAGUAGCCGACUGGGAUGUGGAAACAUGGCUCCAUCUGACUUGUGUACCAGCUACAUUCGAACGAAUAAAAUUGACUUCUAACUUA